UCCUCCUUCCCCAUCGCUUUAAUUAAUACAAUCCAAUUCACACUUAAUCAAACCAUCUCCGUCUCCAUCCUCCUCCUGCUUCUACUUCUGCUCACUUAAUUAACCCUUAAAAAUUCCAUGGAGCAUCACCGCCUCAACCCUUACCGACCGGUACUAGACGCCGUUCCUGCAGUAGCAGCACCACAGGACCCCGACGCCAGCAGUGGUGUCGACCAGCGGCUCCCUCAGUGGAGCCACGAGGAGACGAGGGAGUUGCUCUCCGUCCGAGCACAGCUCGACAAGAGUUUCUCCGAGACGAAGCGCAACAAGCCGCUGUGGGAGGCCACCUCCUCCUUGCUCCUCCGCAAGGGCUUCUCCCGCACCCCCGACCAGUGCAAGUCCAAGUGGAAGAACCUCGUCACCCGCUUCAAGGGGAGCGAGUCGCUGAUGGAAGGCGAGAAGCAACAGUUCCCUUUCUACGAGGAGAUGCGGAGGAUACUCUCCGACCGGGCGGCGACGCCGUCGGAGAAGGGGAAGCGGCCGGUGCAAGUGAGGGAGUUGGAAGAGGAGGAGAGCGGGAAAGCGGGGAAGAAGAAGAGGAAGCUUGAUGAUCAAGUCGCCGUAGCGAGGAAGCCGAUGGCGAUCAACGCUCCUGCCAUGCGGGAGUUCAUGCGGCGGCUGAUGGAGACGGAGGCGCGGUGGCUGGAGGCGGCCGAGUCGCGGGAGUCGGCGCGGCUGGCCGAGGAGGAGGAGUGGCGGCGGCUGAUGCAGGCUCUGCGGGCCGAGCGAGCAGAGAUGGAGCGGCGGUGGCGGGCGAGCGAGGAGGAGCGCCGGACCAGGGAGGAGGCGCGCUCUGAGCGCCGCCACCAGCUCAUAAUGGCGAUCCUCGACAAGCUCAUCGCUCAAAAGGAUUAAUUACUAAAGAUUCAUGAAGCGAAAAAAGGAAGAUAAACUGAUGAGGAAGAUGAAAAUGCAUGAAGUGAAAGAGAAGAAUAAAAAGAUUCAGAUAUAUGAACAAACUCUUCCACUUCUCAAAUGAUUAAGUUGCUGAUCAUCGGAUAGGUUAAAGAGCCAGAGUCUUCAAAAGAGUUAAGUUGUAACCUGUGAAGAAUGAAGCAGCACAGAGAGGAUGGUUUGGCUGACAAUUUACUGCAAGUUUCAGAACUUUUGACUCACUAUGGCAACUUCUUGGAAGCAGGAUCACAUGGCCAGUUUUCUUUCCUUCCAGAUUUCUUCACACGGUACAAGUCAAGGAAUUGUAAGACUUGAAUCCUGUUGUGUAAGCAAAAGUAUACAAAGAUUUAGAGAGGUGUAUUUUAAUCCUUCAAGAUUAGUUAAUGCCGAAUUCA